UGCCGAGCUUGCAACUCUCUAGUUGUCGUCGUCGUCGUCAAGAAAUGAAGAAAAGAGCAGACCCUUUCUACUCCACACGCGGCGACCAUGCAAUCCGUGUCACGUCAUUAUCCGCCAUGGCGAUGCGCAAAAGCGAAGAAACGGUUCGGUGGCCACCCGAGAUGCACCACCGCUGUGGUCGGUUCCAAGCGGUGCAGCUGCUGGCACUAGGCGUCACGUCGUCGCCAAGGACGGAGAUGCAUCGCGGGAUCGUCGUCACGACUGCACCACUGCUGCAUUUUGCUUCGUCGCUGGUUCUAGUGCUUGUGGUGAGCCACGUGGUCGGGGAUUGGGUUGAGAUUCCGUACCUGCAGCCCAAAACGACCACCCAGCGGACCACGGUGAUCCGGAAGACCGUCAGCCAGCUGCACAAGCCGGAGUUUAUCGCCGGAUCGAGCUUCCUCAGCGAGGUGCUGCCACAAACCUCCAGCGGAGAAAGUGAACGUAGCGCGGAAGAAUCCCACGAAGAAUACCCGGAAAGUGACCACCAUCGGAACCAAUUUCCCAUUCCGGGAAAUCGUUUCCCCCACGGUUCGGACCACCCAGUGUUUAGUGUUAGUGAUUUGAUGGACUAUGAAGAGUUUGUGGAAAGUGUGAGCACAACGACGGAGAAGCCGGUUGUGAACCAUUUUGGGGAAGAAGCGUACGAAUCCAAACCGGGUGGCACUAGUGGAGGAAAUUUAUAUGGAAAUUUCCAGAAAAGAUUCUACGAAUACCCGCGUGUUAAUGUGUCUAAUAAGGUGGGAUGGGUUACUCAUCAUCCGGUGAAGGAGCAGCUUCUGUUUGUUACAGCAAAUCGCCACCCAGCCACUCCCUUCCCCCCGGACCACCAACCGUUGAGCAACAAGUACGAAGAGGAAUCGAUCGAAUACCUUCACACCGACUCUCCGCCACAUCGCCCCCCAAAACCAGUUCCGUUUCCGGUUCGUCCUCAUGUCCAAUCCGUCAACGAUCGCGUUGAACUGAUCACGGCACCCGAAGACGACCAAUCCGAAAGUUCAGAAUCCUCAAGUGAGGAAGAACCUGCCCACAGCCACGUGCUGACCCGGCCAUCAACGUCAAACGAGAGAGACUUCAACGGUCCAGCAAGCGAGAAACCCGCGCCAAAGCCGCAAUUUCCGGACUUUGACGAUUACGAUGCCAAAGGGCAAGACGAUGACGACGACCAGUCAUUCCGGAACUCGAGUGUGAAGUUUGUGCGACGGAAGCGCCCCGGGCAGGUUACGAUCGUGAAGAUUAUUCCACCGAGGCGUCGGUUCCGGCCGCUUGGUGAAGGAGGGGGCUUUUCCGGAUUUCUCAAGUUUAUCAAACGAAUGCAGGACGGGUUCAUGUUGAACACGGCGAAGAAUAUUGGAGACAAGAUUAAGCUGCUGCAGAACCUCAAGGAUCAGCUGCUGUUGAGUAUUGAGAGCAAAAUGUCCACCUUAUGGGGAAAUUCGGAGCCACCCGACAAAACGGAAAAGGUUGGCCACCCUGGCGUAGUGACCAAGGUCAACCGGAAGGAUCACCGGAAGAAAGAUCAGCACCACCGUCGUCGCACGAAACGCGGAGGCGAUUGGCUCGAGGAGGUUCACACCCACCAUCACGGCGGGAUGGAGUUUCCCUCGGCCGAGGCGGCACUGUUGACGAUUUCUUUCCUCACGUUUGCAGUUUUCCUCAUCAAGCUGGUUCUGCAAGUGAUUAACACGAUCAAGGCAAAGCAUUACACCUACACCACCCUCAACGGUAUGACGCCGGUGAGUACGGCAACGCUGAAGCUGGUAAAGCGCACCAAACGCAGCGACGACGCACUGUCCGACCAGCAUCUGAACAUCCUGAGUGCUAUCAACAGCUAUAAAUUUACGGGAAAUUAAAGUGGAAUGCGUAGAGCGA